AUGAGCAGAGGUCGAGCGUAUCUCGUCGUCCUUCUUUCGCUACUCGUUCUCGCAGUAGUCUCGCAACCCUUCGCACGGCGCCCUCUCUUCGCAAAUGCCGAAGAAUUCGACGACGAGCGGUACGCCUACGACGAGGACGACGACGCGGGCGACGACGACAUCCCGGCGGGCGACGACGGCGACGUCGUCGCACUGACGGCGGCGACGUUUUCGCAGGCCGUCAGCGAUCACAAGCACGUGAUGGUGGAGUUCUACGCGCCGUGGUGCGGCCACUGCAGGGCGCUCGCGCCCGAGUAUCGCGAAGCAGCGGCGACGCUCAAGGAGCUCGGCGUGCUCUUCGCGAAGGUGGACGCGACGAAAGAAACGGAGCUCGCCGACAAGUACAACGUGGAUGGUUACCCGACCAUCCUUUUCGCCACGGAUGGUGAAUUCCAGCCGUUCGGCGCGGGGCGAACCAGUGUGGAGAUGGUGCGGUGGGUGAAGCGCAAGCUGGGCAUGGGCGUGGCAGCGCUGGCGCCAGCCGACAUUCCCAAGGCGGCCGCGCUGCUCGAGAGCGCCGCCGCCGCUGCCAUGGCCUUGGUGCCCUCCCUUGACGGCCCGGAGGCAGCAGCGUUCGGAGAGGCAGCGAGGGACACGGACGGGGUGGACUUUUUCGUCACCACGCACGCUGACGUGGCGGCCGCCUUCGGCCUGCCAGCUGACGAGGCGCCCGCCCUGGCUGUGGUGAAGAAGGAGGAGGAGCGGCUGGUGGUGUUUGACGGCGAGUACAGCAAGGAGGCCAUCAGUGCGUUCCUGGCAGCAAACCGGCUGCCGCUGCUGCUGACGUACACAGAAGAGACCUCCGCUGCCAUCUUCUCCUCCCCCAUCGGCAAGCAGGUGCUGCUGUUUGCACCAGACAGUGCAUUCAAGGUGCUCUCACCCGCGCUUUUUGCAGCAGCCAAGCAGUUUAAAGGCCAGGCCAUGUUUGUGUUUGUGAACACCUCUGACCCCGAGUCACAACCCGUGCAAGAGUACUUUGGAGCCGACGCUUCCACCACUGCGUUUAUGGGGUUCACCAUGGGAGGAGGUGAGGACCCCUCAGUGCCAGCAGCAGGGCUCAAAUACCGCAUGACUGACCACCCCACAGCAGAUAACAUCAAGGCCUUCACACAAAGCUUCAUUGACGGCCGUCUCAAGCCCUUCUUCAAGUCACAGCCCAUCCCGGAGGAGAAUGAGGGGCCAGUGACGGUGGUGGUGGGGGACUCGUUUGAGCGCAUUGUGCUGGAAAAUACCAGAGACGUGCUGCUGGAGGUGUAUGCCCCCUGGUGCGGCCACUGCCAGCAGCUUGAGCCCACAUACAAGAGGCUGGCAGAGCGGUUCAGCACGGUGCAGUCAGUGGUGAUUGCCAAGAUGGAUGGCACGGCUAAUGAGUACCCCGGCCUAGAGGUGGAGGGCUUCCCCACCAUAGUAUUCUACCCCGCGGGGAAAAAGACAGACCCGGUGAAGGUGGCUGCUCGCACGCUCAAGGAGUUCAUUCAAGCCAUCAAGGACCAUGCCUCCACGGAGUUCCACCUCGAGCCCUCGCCUCUGGAUGACGAGGAGGAGGAAGAGAUGGCCACGGCCUUGUGGCUCCCUCAGCUGCUCAACCACCCAGGCCAACAGCACAUCCCGUUCCCUCAGGUUCCUGAGCUUUCUCCCCCAAUCUUCUGCCCCACAGCUUCCUUCCCCCGUCUUCCUUUCAACCCUCAAACCUUACUCCUCACCACCACCGGACCACCCCCCACACUCCUCUUCACCUUCUCCCUCUCAGCAUCGCGCCUCAUCUUCACAUACAGCCGAACCAUCUCAUCCAUACUCACCCCUAUCUCCCCCUCCACCCUCUCCCUAUGGCACACUAUCACCCCCUCCUCCCGGCACCCCGCACCCCUCGGCCCUGCGUCAUACUCGGGAAUGGGCAGCAGCGGCGUCAUGUCUAUAAGCGUUUCCGCUAUAAGCCCCGACUGGUUAACGAAUAUAGGCGUGCCGCGCGGAAUCACAAUGUCUUCGUCGAGGAUCUCCACCACCACGUCCACGCUCGUCAGGCUCGGCCGGACCGCCACCACCGAGCCUACGGCGAUGCCUCGCAUGCGCACGGGCGUGCCCACGAGGAUGCCGCACGCCUUGGGAAACCUCACCACCGCUGUGUACCGCGCAGGUGCCACUCCCCCUCGCCUGCCCCAUUGCACCUCGUAG